AUGAAAGUAGCCUUACCGAUGACCCCGGAAAAGAAAGUAAUUUGUCGACGUGGCACAAAGUAUCCUGAAAUGAUUGUAAAUGCUACAAAAGUAAGUUUUUCAGUCAUGUUUUGUGGGAAUGCCGUAGAGGAAACUGUUCCGCCAUAUGUUAUUUUUAGGGCAGAGCAUUUGUGGUCUACUUGGACUGAAAAUGGACCACACGGAACCCGGUAUAAUAGAACCAAAAGCGGUUGGAUUGAUAGUAUCACGUUUGAGGACUGGUUCGAAUCUCAUUUACUGCCAAUUUUAAAGAAAAAAGAUGGCCGCAAAGGGAUUAUUGGUAACAACUUGUCGUCCCAUAUAAACAAAAAUGUGUUAGAAGCAUGCGAGGCCAACAACAUUAGUUUUAUCUGUUUACCUGCCAAUGCAACUCAUAUUCUUCAGCCACUUGAUGUGGCAUAUUUCAGGCCAUUGAAGAUUAAAUGGCGUCAAGUCUUGCUAGAUUGGAAAAAUACCCCAGAAGGAAGAAGACUUCCAACCGUGCCGAAGGAUCAAUUUCAUAGACUACUAAAAACUGCACCGGAUAGCAUGAAAGAAACCCAAAGUUAUCUCGUAAACGGGUUCAGGAAAACUGGCAUUUAUCCUCAGAACGUAGAAGAACCUUUGAGUAGAUUGCCAAGGCAAGACAGAAUCUAA